GUUUUGAUCGAUCCGCCUUCAUUGUUUGUGUGCUGAAGCCGAAACCACGUGGAAAGCAAGCCGCUGCGUUGUUUUGUGCCGAAAACCGUGAAAAAAUCAACCAUGGAACAGUACGCCGUACCCAACAAACUCCCGUCGGUGGAGGUGAACGUGCUUUCGCACUGGAAAGGACGUCUGCGGCGUUUGGCUCAGCGCACGGAACCGCACGCACAGCCCAAGAAGAAGCGUACCUCCUUCCGAAAGGUAAUCUCGUUCGUGUCCAAUGCCCGUCUCGCGGAGCGUGAUGCGAAACGCAUCAAGCGCAACUUCCUGAAGCACGGCGUAGUGCCGAGACGCACGACCGAGUACAAAGCAAACGAGCUGGUGCUAGUGCUGCGCCACCGUGGCAAGAAACUAAUCCCCAACAAGGAGGUGAUGAAGACGUUCGUCCGGCUGGGCUUACAGCACCAGCGUUCGGCUACACUGCACCGCCUGACGCCGGAGAUCAUCGCACAGCUGAAGGUGGUGGAGCCGUUUGUCAUCUGGGGCUAUCCAAACAUCAGCGUCGUCCGGGAGCUGCUCUACAAGUACGUCCGACUGCGCUGCCGCCAGACCGGCGUCGAAUCGAAGAAGCCUGUGCCGCUGACGUCGAACAAGCAGGUAGAGGAUCUGUUCGGCUCGAUCGGUAUGCUGUGCGUGGAUGAUUUGGUGCACGAAAUCAUGACGGUCGGGCCGCACUUUGAUGCCAUCCGGGAAACGCUGCGAAGUUUCAUGCUGAAAGACCCCGCCGGUGGAUGGAAAAACCCACAGCACAAGGGAAAGCUGCGAUCAAUCGGUGGAGAGGCCGGUUUCCGGGGUGACGCUAUUAAUGAUCUGUUCCGGAAAAUCCUUUAAUGGAAAAAAGCGAAGGAUUUAGACUGGUAUCGUAUUAUUAAUAGGGGAAUCGUACAAUUUUGGGGAAACUGAGCGAUGUAUGGGAGUCACAAAACUGAAAUAAAAGAUGUGUUUAUACAUA